AUUUGAUUGAUUGCAAUGCCUAAAUGCAACUUGAAGGAACCUGAUAAAUAGAUCAGGAUGAUUUAUUGUAAUGAAAAUUUGUAGAUAAUAUACCAUAUAAAAAGAGAACGAAAGUAAGGAGUGACAUUGUUGAUUGCAUACCGACAACAACGACUAUCAAGAUGAAAUACUUCGCAACCCUCCUCCUGAUCGCCGCCGUGGCCUCGGCCCAGCCCACCAGGCCCAGCAUCUCCGCUAUCCUCGCACAACUCCACGAGGCUCUCUCUGAACUGAAACCUGAACCCAUUGCUGUCGGCCCCGCUAUCGUCGGUGAACCCGUCCAGGUUGGCCCUGCUAUCGUCGACGGACCCCAGUACGAGCCCAUCUCCGUCGGACCCGCUAUCAUUGACAAGCCUCAGUAUGAGCCCGUCGCUAUCGGACCCGCAUUGAUUGAAGCUCCCGCGCCUUCUCCCGUGGUCGUCGCUCCCGGACCCGUUGCUGAAGCCAGUGCUCCUCUAGUCCAGAUUAUCUUGAACAUCAACCAGGCCGCUGCUGAAGCUAUUCCCAUCAUCCCUGAGCCCGUCAUUAUUGAGCCCGCACCCGUCAUCCCCAUGCCCGUGCACCCUAUCGGCGUUGUCGCCCCUGAGGCCGUGCCCGUUGAGCCCGUCCAGGUCGUCGAGGCUGCCCCCGUGCCCGUGGAGCCCGUCGUCAUCGGCACCCCCGUGUUGCCCGCCCCCGCUGUCGUCCUCCCCGAGGAACUCAACUAAAUAAUAAAUGUACAACUUUUCGAAUAACAUCUGAUGCAACUUAUUUCCACUCUUGAUAAGUAAAAUAAGUCAAUUAUAAUAAUAAA